UUGGUGACAGUGUGCUGAGUCUUUUCUAUUUGUUUCUUAGUUCACAGGUUUCAGCAUGUCUCAGUGUAUGCUCUCAGCUAGUGCAGCUAGCCAUUUGAAUGAAGAUGUGGAAACUGAUGAUUGCUUAACUUCCUAUACUUACCUGUUCAGUCCUGACAUCUUAAAGGACAAAGUUGCAUUUAUCACUGGUGGUGGAUCUGGCAUAGGAUUCCGAAUUGCUGAAAUCUUUAUGAGGCAUGGUUGUCGCACCAUCAUUGCAAGUCGAAACCUAGACAGAGUAACUGAGGCUGCAAAGAAGCUUACUGCUUGCACAGGUCAGAAAUGUGUGCCACUGUCCUUGGAUGUCAGACACCCUCAAACAAUUAGUACUGCAGUGGAAGAAGCCUUGAGGCAGUUUGGCAAAGUCAACAUUCUUAUCAAUAAUGCUGCUGGAAACUUCCUGUGCCCUGCCAGUGCCUUGUCCUUUAAUGCCUUCAAGACAGUAAUAGAUAUUGACACAUUGGGCACUUUCAAUGCCAGCAAAAUCCUGUAUGAGAAGUACUUCAAGGACCAUGGAGGUGUUAUUGUGAACAUUACAGCAACGCUUAGUUAUAGGGGCCAGGCUCUCCAAGUGCACGCUGGAUCUGCUAAGGCAGCCAUAGAUGCGAUGACAAAGCACUUGGCUGUUGAGUGGGGUCCUCAUAACAUUCGAGUUAACAGCUUAGCACCUGGCCCCAUAUCCGGCACUGAGGGCUACCGCAGAUUGGGUGGCCUGAGUGCUGAAGCAAAAAAAUCAUUUGAAUGCAUUCCCCUCCAGCGAGCAGGAAAUAAAACGGAAAUUGCACAUAGUGUCCUUUACCUGGCAAGCCCUGCAGCAUCCUAUGUGACUGGCACAACACUGGUAGUUGACGGAGGAAGCUGGCUAACUUCUGCCAAUCACAUGUCACCUAUGUUGGGUAUUAGCUCACACUCUGCUAACCUAUAAAUGAGGUUCAUUUAGAUCACUGGACUUCACAGGCGAAAAAAGACUAAUGCGUUUGUGAUUUGUGGCAGAAAAAAGAAUGAACAGCUGGGCAGAGGACCUCAGAGAAUGAACUAGAUUUAUAACUACAGGCUGAGAAAGAAUGACAGCCUCAAUUGGAUAGCAAUGUUAUCCUUGCUGUGUGACAGUUCUUCUGAACAGUUUCAAGUACAGGACAUUGAGAGUCAUUCAAUAGUUGUAUCAGCGAUUACUGCAGAGUCUGCCUUGUCAGCAAGGACCUAAAACAUAAUGCACAGAUAUUGUUAAGUUUUCUGAUUUUUUUCCUAAAUGCUCUUAGCAUGCUUUUGUCUUAAAACUAACAUGGCACAAAUUAUGAAAGCUAUAAUAGAUCAUGGGUUCUUAAAAAAUAAAUCACAUUUGUUUUUAUUGAUAAA